AGAAUAUUUUAUUUUAUCAAAUUAUCAAUGAAAACACGCAAACAAGUUGGAGUUAUCGAGAGGCUGUAAUAGUAAAGACCACUUUUUGGUUAGUAUGAGAAUGUCCAACCGCACGGAUAUAUGCGGACUGCGGAGAGCUUUCACCUUGAUACGAAUUGCCCUUCUCUCCAAGCAACAUUCAAACAGGACCAAACGCCAUUCUACUCUUCUUCCGUCUCGAUCUUACUCUAUAUCACCAACAUGCUUACAGUCAGUGUAAAAUGGCAAAAAGAGCUGUUUCCUGCUGUGGAAAUCGAUACUAGCCAGCCUCCAUAUGUCUUCAAAUGCCAGUUGUUUGAUCUGACAGGGGUACCACCAGAAAGGCAGAAGAUUAUGGUCAAAGGAGGUUUACUGAAGGAUGAUGCUGAUUGGUCAAAAGUUGGAGUUAAAGAGGGACAAAGGUUAAUGAUGAUGGGCACUGCUGAUGAAAUUGUCAAGGCCCCUGAACAAAGCACUGUUUUUGUUGAAGAUAUGCCAGAAGCAGAGCAAGUUGUUAGUGUGGGUCAUUCUGCUGGCUUGUUAAAUCUAGGAAAUACUUGCUACAUGAACUCCACAGUUCAAUGCCUCCAUUCUGUUCCAGAGUUGAAGACUGCUCUGACGCAGUACAGCGAUGGGGAUAGGCGAACUGAUUUGGACAGCUCAUCCAAUCUUCUAACUGUUGCAACCAGAGAUUUGUUCAAUGAACUUGAUAAAAAUGUUAAUGCAGUGUCUCCCAUGCAAUUCUGGAUGGUAUUACGUAAGAAAUACCCUCAAUUUGGCCAGCUCAACAAUGGCGUUUUCAUGCAGCAGGAUGCGGAAGAAUGUUGGACACAAAUUCUCUACACCCUUUCACAGUCUCUUAAAGCGCCAGGGCCCAGUGAUACUACAGAUGUUGUGAAGGAUAUUUUUGGCAUUGACCUUGUCAGUAGGGUACACUGUGCAGAAAGUGGUGAAGAAACCACAGAGACUGAAUCAGUUUAUUCCCUAAAAUGCCACAUUUCCCAGGAUGUGAACCAUUUGCACGAGGGUUUGAAACACGGCCUGAAAUCAGAAUUGGAGAAAGCUUCUCCUUCUUUAGGUCGCAGUGCAGUUUACAUUAAAGAUUCUAGGAUUAAUGGUUUGCCAAGAUAUUUGACUAUUCAGUUUGUUCGAUUUUUCUGGAAAAGGGAAUCAAAUCAAAAAGCAAAGAUUUUACGGAAAGUAGAUUAUCCAUUGGAAUUGGAUGUCUUUGACUUGUGCUCAGAUGAUUUGAAAAAGAAACUGGAAGUUCCUCGCAAGGCUUUAAGAGAUGCAGAGGGUAGGAAAUUUGGUUUAAAAGAUAGCGGAAAUGCCGGAAAGGGUUCCAGUUCAGAGGACAAUGAUGUCAAAAUGGUUGAUGCAGCUGAAUCGUCAGGUGGAAGUGGAGAGGCCUCAAAGUCUGCACUGCAAACAGGUGCAUUGCCUGAAAAGGAACAGCAACUGACUGGUGUAUAUGAUUUGGUUGCUGUGCUGACUCAUAAGGGAAGAAGUGCAGACUCAGGGCAUUAUGUUGCCUGGGUCAAGCAAGAAAAUGGAAAAUGGGUUCGAUUUGAUGAUGAUAAUCCUACACUACAGCGUGAGGAAGACAUUACCAAACUUUCUGGGGGAGGUGAUUGGCAUAUGGCAUACAUUUGCAUGUACAAGGCUCGUGUCGUCCCCAUGUAAUGAUGUUUUUUUACCAUCGGCAAGGUUUUACGAUUGCUGGUUUUUAAUACACAUAUGUUGAGAUUCGAGAUUGUGAUGGUUCAGCUCUUUUAAAGUUUCGUUGGCCACUUGCUACUCCUUUUUCAAACUUCAAUUUUCAGCUUUGCUUUAUCACACUUUCUCAUUGCCUGUUAUAUUUACGGGAAACCAUUUAUAGGCUUGAAGAUCACAUGCUUUAAUUUGCCAUUUGGACGAGUGUACUUUGACUCUUUA